GUGAAAUUUGAAAUAAAUAAAUAAAAAAUAAAUAAAUAAAUAAGCCCAAUCAAGUGUUGAUUGAUCCGGGUCGUAGCACCGCCGCCCACCUCCGCCAAUCCCGAGCCUGCCACCACUUUUUCACGCCCUACGCUCCAUAAAAUUCCCUUCCCCCCUCCAAAGGUCCAACCCCUUUCAUUCCCACCUCCGACUUCGCCGUCAUCUCCGUCGCUCAAGGCGUCGAAUAGAUACCAGACGCCGAGACCUGCAAUUUCCGUCCACUCUCCGCCUUGUAGAGCUUCUAGGAUUUCUGGGACCGGAAAUUGGUACCUUGUAAAAAACUGAAAUUUCUGCUUCAGUCAACUGGUUUUUCAAGACUGAAAGAAAUUUGAGGAUGGGCAAAGUGGUAAAUGCUCAAAUCAUGUUUUUUUUAUUUUCAUCUAAUUUCUUGUUUUCUUUGAAUUCCCAUCAAAAAGAACAUUUUUUUUUCUUCUGUUAUCAUCAAGUCCAAUACUACACACCAUCGGUACCUUAAAGAUCAAAAUAUAAGAGGAAACAAAGUACAUGGAUAAAAAGAACAAUUCUUUUUCUCGUCUUAUCAUCAAAAAACAAAAGCCAUGGAUAAAAAGAACAAUUCUUUUUCGUGUCUUAUCAUCAAGAUAAAGAUAAAAUGGAUAUGUUUUUUCUAGUUUUCUUUAUAACUAGUGUUCUUCAUCGCCAGCCACCCUCCACCACCAUGGUAAAACCCUUUUUCUUAUUCUUCCUCCUAAUCAUCUGCCUACUGUCAUCCACGCCGGAAUCUCGCCGGCCACCUCCGUUUCCCAGAAAACCCUCACGGCUUCUCAAAACCCAAAACAAUCUUGUUCAACUGAAGUACACUUACGAGACACGAUACUUUGAUCAGACUUUUGACCAUUUUAGCUUCAAUGAUCUUCCCAAGUUCCAACAACGGUAUCUCAUCAACUCCAAUCACUGGGUGGGUCCUAAUCGUUUGGGCCCGAUCUUCCUUUAUUGUGGCAACGAAGGCGACAUCGAAUGGUUCGCUGUCAACACCGGCUUCGUUUGGGAACUCGCCCCUCGUUUCGGUGCCAUGGUCGUCUUCCCUGAACAUCGAUAUUAUGGUGAAUCGAUGCCGUAUGGGAGCCAGAAAGAGGCAUACAAGAACGCUUCUACUUUAGCCUAUCUAACAGCCGAACAAGCACUUGCUGAUUACGCUGUUCUAAUCACCGAUUUGAAGAGAAAUUUGUCAGCCGAAGCGUCACCUGUAAUCUUGUUCGGUGGAUCAUACGGUGGAAUGUUGGCAGCAUGGAUGAGGCUCAAGUAUCCUCAUAUUGCAAUCGGCGCACUUGCUUCUUCUGCUCCGAUUCUUCAAUUUGAGGACAUCGUGCCCUUGGAUACGUUUUAUGAUAUCGUCUCCAGUGAUUUCAAACGAGAAAGCAGAAGCUGUUUUGAUACAAUAAAGAAAUCUUGGAACAUAAUAAAUUCCGUGGGUCAGAAAGCAAAUGGUCUUGAUCAUCUUGCCAAAACUUUCCAUUUAUGUGGGAAACUAAAUAAAAGUGAGGAUCUAUCUGAUUGGUUGGAUUCAGCGUAUAGUUAUUUGGCAAUGGUGGAUUAUCCAUACCCAACAGAAUUCCUAAUGCCAUUGCCUGCUUACCCUAUAAAAGAGGUUUGCAAAGAGAUAGACAAUUCCCCUGAUGAUGGGAGUGGGAGUAGUAGUGUUUUGGAGCGAAUCUUUAAAGGUGUGAGUGUGUAUUACAAUUACACCGGAAAAGCCGAUUGCUUUGAAUUGGAUGAUGAUCCUCAUGGCAUGAAUGGUUGGAAUUGGCAGGCAUGCACGGAAAUGGUGAUGCCGAUGUCUAGUGACAGAGACUCGAGCAUGUUUCCGGAAUGGGAAUAUAAUUCCACUUCUUAUGCCGAGGAUUGUUGGAAUCAAUUCCGGGUCAUUCCUAGGCCCACUUGGAUUACCACGGAAUUCGGUGGACAUGAUUACAAAUCUGUGUUGAAAAAAUUUGGAAGCAACAUCAUCUUCUCAAAUGGUCUCUUGGAUCCUUGGAGCGGUGGCAGUGUUUUGGAAAACGUGUCAGAGAGCGUAGUUGCUCUUGUGACAGAAAAAGGUGCACAUCAUUUGGAUCUACGUGCAGCCACAGGCGAUGAUCCUGAUUGGUUGGUGAAGCAAAGGGAGUCUGAAGUUGAAAUCAUUCAGGGUUGGAUCCAUGAUUACUACAUGAAAAAUAAAUCGGUUUUUAACAUGUAAAGAUUGUUGGGUUUUGUUGGUUGUUAUAAAUGUUGUAUAGGCUUCUAAGGGAAACUUUUGUUCCACGUGUGUAUGUAUUAAUAAAAGCUCACGUAGUAUGGUUCUACAUAGGAUGCAAAUGAUUUCUAGAAUUAUAUGUUUGACAAUUAAUGUAUAAGAAAAGUACAAAGAGUGCAA